GGGAAGAGGCAGGGAAUCUGGCUAAGUCGGUGUGCUGAGACCCACUUGGCACGAAGCCCCCCCUCUUCUCUGAAUCGAAGUCCUAGCCCCACCGAGGCUGAAGCCAUGAAGGAGAGACGGGCGCCCCAGCCUGUGGUGGUCAGAUGCAAGCUCGUGCUGGUGGGAGAUGUGCAGUGUGGGAAGACAGCGAUGUUACAGGUGCUAGCGAAGGACUGCUAUCCCGAGACCUAUGUGCCUACUGUGUUUGAGAAUUAUACAGCCUGUUUGGAGACAGAGGAACAGAGAGUGGAGCUUAGUCUCUGGGAUACCUCAGGAUCUCCCUACUAUGACAAUGUCCGUCCGCUCUGCUAUAGUGACUCAGAUGCAGUAUUACUAUGCUUUGACAUCAGUCGCCCGGAGACCGUGGACAGUGCACUCAAGAAGUGGAGGACAGAAAUCCUGGAUUAUUGUUCCAGCACCCGUGUUUUGCUUAUUGGCUGUAAGACAGACCUGCGAACAGACCUGAGCACUCUGAUGGAGCUGUCCCACCAGAAGCAGGCACCCAUCUCCUAUGAGCAGGGCUGUGCAAUAGCCAAGCAGCUGGGUGCAGAAAUCUACCUGGAAGGCUCAGCUUUCACCUCGGAGAAGAGUAUUCACAGCAUCUUUCGAAUGGCAUCCAUGGUGUGUCUGAACAAGCCUAGCCCAGUGCCCCCAAAGAGCCCUGUCCGAAGCCUCUCCAAGAGACUGCUCCACCUCCCCAGUCGCUCCGAACUCAUCUCUUCUACUUUCAAGAAGGAAAAGGCCAAAAGCUGUUCCAUUAUGUGAAGUGGGAAUUGGAGGGGGGAGACAACCCCCUACUUCCUCCCUUGGGGUGCAGAGGCACGGGGAGGGGGAGGAUGAGACAAUUUAGGACACUGGAUAUGAGUUUUUCAGAUGGCCACGGUGAGGGCUUGGAAGGAGACAGUAAUGAGAUAAGAAGGAGCCAGGCCCGGCAUGAGGACCUCACACCCCCCAAGCCAGACGUGCUAGGUUGUGGAGGGGGCAGCUGCCCCAGUGCCUCCCCACUUCAGAGGAAGGAAAGGUGUGGGGGUACGGGGAGCUGGCCUUAUGGGCUCAGGGGGCCUAUAGGAGCCUCACCUUCAGCAUCAUGACUCUUCACACAGCGUUCCCAUGCAGGCCGGGGGAAAGGAGGGGUCCUUGAGCCCUUCUUUUCCCCACUAAGGAGCAUCAGAGGAAUGGAGCACGGGGAAGCCAAGAGAUAGCUCCUUUGGGAGCUUUGCCCAGGUGCUUCAUAACUGAAAUCAGGAGGGCAGGGGCUGGUCAGAGCCAAUAAGGAAACCUCAUCUUUGCAUAGCCCAUGCGUCACAGGGAACUGACAUCAUACAUUCACAUGCUUCUCACCUAAGUCGCCAGGGUUCCAGGGAGAAGCCCCAGAUCCCCUUCUCUUGUGGAGUGUAGGGGUGGUGGUGCUGCAGGGGCAGGGCUGGAUGAGCGUCAACAGACUUUUCCUGCUCUUAGGGCAGUACAGCUGGCAUUUGUUUUAUAGACUCUUGUCUUUGGAAUUGGGGGGAGGGGGGUGUUUCAAUCUGUUAUAUGUUCCGUGUUUAAAGAAGAAAACCUAUUUAUUAAUGAAAAUAUAACUCAUAUAAAGAA